ACAAACUUGUGAUUAUGUUCUUUACACUAUUACCCAAGAAAUGUUAGGCUUCUACGCCAUUGCCGAAGUAGUGGAUGAUAGUAAUAAAAGACCUCAUAAAACUAUUUUCUGCUAUCUAGAAACAGGCUUCCAAAAACACCAACUAAAAUCUUUACAAGCCAUUGCUCGCAUGGUCAAAGAGAAUGGUGGGCAAGUAUUUACUAGUUUAGAGGAGGUGGCGGAGUAUUUGAAUAGCGAAAGAUUGAAAGAUAAAACUAUCUCUCAUGAAGAAAAUCUAGGUAGCGAUAAUCAAAAAAAUCAUGAGGCAAUUGAGUUAGUUAGUUAUGAACAGUUAGAAGUUGAGGAACAAGAAAUAGCCAGCUCUUCUACCAUUACUCAGUCACAUGAGAGUAAGAUUUCUCUUAGUGAGACAGAACAAGAGGAAUUUAAAAAAUAUAUUCAGUGGAAUCAGUCGUUACAACCUAAAUCUGAGUUUAAUUCUAAUUUAACUCCGAGCGGUAACAAGGCUUUACUAAAAGCCAUUGAAGUUUCUGAUAAGGAAGAGAAAGGUCAAGAAGUAAGGAAAAUGCGGAAUUAUUAUGAUAACAGCACCGUGACUUUAAUAGCAGUUCAGGCAGAUAUGGAGAGGAAAUUGUUUGAUGAGUGGCGUGGUAGUUUUUUGGAUGUUGCUCGGGGAAUUGAUAAGGAGGAAUUUAAAAAGGUGUUGUCUAGUCAAAACCAAGAUGUUAUAAGUAGUGAAACCUUAGUUACUAGUGUAAAUACUUAUGCUUCAGUUGAGAAAUUAAAAAAAACCACUUCAUCAGAUAAGUAUGAAAAAGCAAAAAAAUACCUUAGUACACAAAUAAGUGAUGAAAAAUUGGAAGAGGAGAUAUUAAAGUCAAGUUCAAAAAUUGUCGUAGAAAAAUCUACUAAAAAAGAUUUGACUAUCAAUGACCCUGCUAGCGAAGUAGGACAAAUUAAAGACUGGCAAAAAAACAAAAAAACCUUCACCUAUACCUCUUGCGGUUAUGAAACCAAACAAGUUAACUUCUUAAAACACGAUAAGUCAGAAAUAGACAAGGUUCACAAAUUAUUGGUAGAUAUCUCGCAAACCACCGACCCAACCAAAUUACCAGAAUAUCAGACUUUAAAUUAUCUAGUUAAUUAUAAUUCAGUACCGGAUAGCAUAAAAUUAAUAGUAAUUCAAAAGAUUGCUCUCGAAGCUGACCCCACUAAUUUACCUACUGAUGAAUUUUUGAAAGAAAUUGCUAGUUGUCAAGCCAUACCCGCUCACAUCUUAGCAAUUGAUAGUCCUGAUGAUAAGACUGGCAAAAUCUCUCUAAAUGUUAAACAAAAAACUUUUACUUAUACUUCUUGGCAACAAACUACUCCGGAAGAAGUUAAAAUUCUUGAACAUAGUAAAAUAGAGGUUGACAAACUUCACCAUAUACUGAAGAGAAUAGAGCGGGAAACUGAACCUACUAAAUUGCCAGAUGACGAAGAACUAAAAAAUGCUACUGACUAUCAACUAGUGCCUAUUAGUCGCAAUUUGGAAACUAUCAAAAAAAUUCGGGAUGAGAAAGAAAGUCUACUGUGGCAGCCUUUUUUCACUGCUCAUGAUAUUAGCGAAGAAAAUCAAAAAAAACUCUGGAAGAAAAGCGAAGAUUUAAGUGGUUUUUCGAUUAUUGAUAAGCAAUUUGAUUACUUUAUUGCUGACAAAAAAUACCAUAUUGACCCAUUAAUUCAUGAUAAAAGAGAAGUUGAUAAGGCUCAUGAGUUUUUUAUCUCUUUUUCAAAAGAAAUUAAAAACAAAGACUUUAUUGAUUUACCCAGUUAUGAGGAAUUAACUAAUAAUAAAUAUAAUGAGGAAAAAGUCCCUUCUAAACUUAGUCUCAACGAACUGAGAAAAAUUUGA